AUGGAUCCGGAGAUGGACUUCGACGACCACGACGAGCCGGAGGAGGAGAUCGGGUUGUCGGUGGGCUCCGGCUACGAGGCUCCUCUGGGGAAUUCCGACAGAGGCGCUGCCGGAGGCGGCAAGAGAGUGCCUCAAGAACCACGCAGUGAAUAUCGGGGGGCAUGCGGUGGAUGGGUGCGGGGAGUUCAUGGCGGCCGAGAGGAGGGUACUCUGGACGGGCUGCGCUGCGCCGCCUGCAGCUGCCACCGGAACUUCCACCGGAAGGAGACGGAGGGCGGCGUCGCCCCCGGAGCCGGCGUGAUCGGGGCGGAGUACCACCAGCAGUUCUUCCCCUACUACCGGACGCCGGCGGGGUACCUGCACCACCACCACCACAUGGCGGCCAUGGCGGCGGCCGCGCAUCAGCAGCAGCACCGGCCGGCGCCGCUGGCACUUCCGUCGACUUCUGGCGGCGUAGGGUACAGCAGGGAGGAGCAGGAGGACAUCUCGAACUCGAUGAUGGGCGGCAGAGGCGUGGGAGGAGGCAUCGGCGGCAGCGGCGGAGGGGGAGCAUUGGGGUCGGGGAAGAAGACCUUGUUGGUGCCUUUAAUGGUGUAG